AUGCGGUUCACCGAUCGGACCUCCUUAAUCGCCUCGGUACUCCUCGCAGUCCCUUCAUUCUCGUCAGCCUUCUACCUCCCUGGCGUCGCUCCAUCAUCCUACGAUCAGGGCCAAAGUGUUCCUCUGUUCGUUAAUCACUUGACUCCCAGCCUCUCGCGAGAUGAUCAACUUCACUCGGUCUUUGCAUACGACUACUACCACCCAGCCUUUCACUUCUGUCGACCCCAAGAUGGUGCCAAGGAUGUGAGGGAAUCAUUGGGUAGCAUCCUGUUCGGCGACCGUAUCCAAACCUCCCCGCUGGAUUUGCAUAUGGCUCAAGAUGAGGAAUGUAAAGCUAUCUGCGGAGAGGUCAACUUUGAUGCCCGUAGCGCCAAAUUUGUCAAUCGUCGAAUUUCCCAGGGAUAUAAUAUCAACUGGCUGGUUGAUGGAUUGCCAGGAGCCCAGCUCAAUAUGGAUGAAAACACCCAAACCCAAUUCUACAGCCCCGGUUUUGCUUUGGGCGACUUAGACGAGAAUGGACAAGCCAUUUUAAACAACCACUUCAACAUUUUGAUCGACUACCACCGCGUCGGAUAUGGUGGCAAGGACAAACUUCGUGUGGUGGGCGUUCUUGUUCAGCCCGAGUCGCGCGCUGAUUCCCGACUUCUCGAUGAUGGCACAGCUCAGUGUGGCACUAAGGGAAACCUUGUCACUUUGAAUGAAGAUGGAGAGGCCGAAACCGCGGUCACCUGGACAUACAGUGUCCAAUGGAAAGAAUCUUCUACGGCUUGGGCAACCCGGUGGGAUAAAUAUCUUCAUGUCUAUGACCCAAAGAUUCAUUGGUUCUCUCUAAUCAACUCUGCCGUCUUUGUUGUUUUCUUGGUGGGUAUGGUCAGCAUGAUUCUUGUCCGGGCUCUCAAAAAAGACAUUGCCCGAUACAACCGGUUGGAUUCAAUUCACUUGGACGAUCUCAAUGACACCUCCGCUACUAUUGAAGAUGGAAUUCAAGAAGACUCGGGUUGGAAGUUGGUCCACGGUGACAUCUUCCGAUGCCCCCAGUCUCCUCUCCUGCUUAGUGUUCUGCUGGGCAAUGGCGCUCAGCUUUUCAUGAUGACAGGUGUGACCGUUGUAUUCGCACUCUUUGGUCUUCUAUCCCCCGCCAAUCGCGGCUUCUUGGCCACGGCUAUUCUCUUAAUAUCGGCCAUUUUCGGUGCCAUUGGUGGGUACGUCUCCGCACGUGUAUAUAAGGCCUUUGGCGGCGAGGCGUGGAAGCGCAACAUUAUCAUGACCCCCUUGUUGAUUCCUGGAUUUGUCUUUUGCAUUUUCUUCUUCCUUAAUCUGUUCGUGUGGGCCAAGGGUUCUAGUGGUGCUGUGCCAUUUGGUACAAUGCUGGCUCUGGUUCUCAUCUGGUUCGUCAUCAGCGUUCCAUUGAGUGUUGCCGGUAGCUGGCUUGGAUUUAGACAAAAGGCUAUUGAGGGUCCUACUAAAACCAACCAAAUUCCCCGUCAAGUUCCUCCAAUGGUUGGCAGUCUUCGAACCAUUCCUUCUAUUCUUCUAACGGGUAUCUUACCCUUCGGUGCCAUCUUCGUUGAGCUCUAUUUCAUCAUGACCUCGCUUUGGACCAGCAAGAUUUAUUACAUGUUCGGAUUCCUGUUCCUUUGCUACGGUCUGAUGAUCAUCACCUCUGCAGCUACCACUGUUCUCCUGGUUUACUUCUUGCUGUGCGCUGAGAACUACCGGUGGCACUGGCGUGCCUUUGCGGGUGCUGGUAUGGCAGGUGGAUAUGUCUUCCUGAACGCACUCAUCUUUUGGGCGACUCGAGUUAGUUUUGGCGGUUUGACAGGAGCCGUGCUUUAUGUGGGCUACUCUGCCCUGAUUGGCUUCCUUGUAUUCGUUUUGACCGGCUCUAUCGGUUUCUUUGCCAGCUGGGCAUUCGUCCAGCGUAUCUACGGAUCCAUCAAGGUUGACUAA